AUGGACAGGGGCGCCAGCACCCUGUGGCCCUGCCUCGGACUGAACCUGCUGCUGCUGCUCCUCCUGGCACUGCCUCUCGGGGGCCUGGCCGCCACAGAAUGCUACGGCAUCCCCGGAAUGCCGGGCAUGCCCGGGGCCCCAGGGAAGGAUGGGCAUGACGGACUGCAAGGGCCCAAGGGUGAACCAGGAAUCCCAGCCAUCCCUGGGACCCGAGGACCCAAGGGUCAGAAGGGAGAACCCGGCACGCCUGGCUUUCCUGGGAAAAACGGCCCCAUGGGCGCCUCCGGGCAGCCGGGCAUUCCCGGCACCAUGGGCCCCAACGGGGAGCCGGGAGAGGAGGGCAGAUACAAGCAGAAGCACCAGUCGGUGUUCACCGUCACGCGGCAGACAGCGGAGCACCCGGCCUCCAACAGCCUGAUCAAGUUCAACACGGUCAUCACGAACCCGCAGGGGGACUACAACACGAGCACGGGCAAGUUCACCUGCAAGGUCCCCGGCCUCUACUACUUCGUCCACCACACGUCCCAGACGGCCAACCUGUGCGUGCAGCUGUACCGCGACGACGUCCAGAUGACCUCCUUCUGCGACCACAUGUCCAACACCAAGCAGGUCAGCUCCGGGGGCGUGCUGCUGCAGCUGCGGCAGGGCUCGCAGGUGUGGCUGCGGGUCAACGACUACAACGGCAUGGUGGGCACCGAGGGCUCCGACAGCGUCUUCUCUGGCUUCCUGCUCUUCCCCGACUAG